CUCAUUACCUGGUGUGCGCUACCGUUUAUCAGCCAGCUCCUCCCGCUCGCAGUGUUUGUUUCCCAACUCCCAGGUUCCUGGCCCUAGCACCCUUUAAUACCCAUACUUUCUUUUUCUCGAUACCAUACCAGUUGCCAUUCAACUACAGUACCAGUACACGUUUUCUUUAAUACAGCUGGCCGACCCGGGGAUCAUAGUGGCGCUCGCCCAAUCACAAUGUCUCUCGUAGGCAACUUCACCUCCAACUACGACCGCGAGGCCGCAGCUGGAGGCGUGCCUACUCCAGAGAUGCAAGCUCGCCGACCAUCACAAUCACACUUCCACGAUGAGGACAACCACCACGACACAUCAUCUGAUUCAUCAACAAUUGCUGCCCAGAACUCGCCUCCCAGGAGCCAUCACCACACCACCGGUUCCGUCGAGAAGGAGGUACCGUACAACCAAGAUGCCGAGGACCAGGAGACUGCCCGAAGAGAACAUGAGGUUCUGCAGCUUGCGAGACGUUUGACUUCUCAGAGCCACCAAUCCGCUUCACAUCACCAGAACCCAUUCCAAGCUGCACCAGGCUCGUCGUUGGAUCCUUCUGGCGAGAACUUCAAUGCUCGUGCCUGGACCAAGGCCAUGAUGAAUCUCCAGCUUUCAGACGAGAAAGCAGCUCCUCCCAGGCAAGCCGGUAUCUCUUUCAGGAAUCUCAAUGUUCACGGGUUCGGUUCCGACACGGAUUACCAAAAGAGUGUUGGUAAUGUUUUGCUCGAGGGUCCUGCUCUGUUCAAGAAGUUGAAGGGCGACAAAGGUCGCAAGAUCAACAUUUUAACGGGUGUCGAUGGUUUGGUUGAGGCUGGUGAGAUGUUGGUUGUUCUUGGACCUCCUGGUUCUGGAUGCUCGACUUUCCUCAAAACCAUUACCGGAGAGACGCACGGCUUCUUUGUCGAUGAGAACUCCAAGCUGAACUACCAAGGUGUCAGCUCAGAGCUCAUGCAGAAGAAUUACCGCGGUGAGGCCAUCUACACUGCCGAAGUCGAUGUCCACUUCCCCGCCAUGACUGUCGGCGAGACUCUCUACUUCGCUGCCCUCGCCCGUCGUCCCCGCCACAUCCCCGGUGGCGUCUCCGCAGACGAGUAUGCUAAGCACCAGCGUGAUGUCAUCAUGGCCAUGUACGGUAUCUCGCAUACGAUCAACACCCGUGUUGGAAACGACUUCAUCCGCGGUGUGUCUGGUGGAGAACGCAAGCGUGUCACCAUUGCCGAAGCUUCCCUCAGCCGAGCGCCUCUACAGGCCUGGGACAACUCCACUCGUGGUCUCGAUUCCGCUAACGCCAUUGAGUUCUGUAAGACUCUGCGCAUGGAGACUGAUAUCAACGGUACUACGGCGUGUGUUGCCAUCUACCAGGCUCCUCAGGCUGCGUACGACUUCUUCGACAAGGUUCUUGUCCUGUACGAGGGUCGCCAGAUCUUCUACGGCAGGACUACCGAGGCGAAGGCCUUCUUCGUCAAGAUGGGCUUCGUUUGCCCCGACCGUCAGACCGAUGCUGAUUUCCUCACUUCCAUGACCUCUCCCCUGGAGCGCAUUGUUGCAAAAGGCUUUGAAGGUCGUGUUCCUCGCACACCUGAUGAGUUCCACCAGCGCUGGUUGGACUCCCUGGAGCGCGUCGAGCUCAUGGCUCAGAUCGAUGCCUACGAGCAGAAGUACCCUGUUGGUGGCGAGCAGGCUCAGAAGUUCGCUGAGUCCCGCAAGCUCCAACAGGCUAAGGGCCAGCGCGCGAAGUCCCCCUACACUCUCUCCUACAUGCAGCAGGUCAAGCUUUGCCUGUGGCGUGGUUUCGUCCGCCUAAAGGCUGAUCCCAGUAUCACACUCUCUCAACUCAUCGCCAACUCCAUCAUGGCCCUGAUUAUCUCGUCCGUCUUCUUCAACCUCCAGUCUACUACCAGCUCCUUCUACCAGCGAUCCGCCCUGCUCUUCUUCGCCAUUCUCAUGAACGCUUUCGGUUCCGCUCUCGAAAUCCUCACUCUCUACGCCCAACGUCCUAUCGUCGAAAAGCACUCUCGAUACGCUCUCUACCACCCGUCCGCUGAAGCCUUCGCCAGUAUGUUGACGGAUAUGCCGUACAAGAUUGCCAAUGCGAUCACGUUCAACUUGGUUCUGUACUUCAUGACCAACCUGCGUCGCGAGCCUGGCAACUUCUUCUUUUUCGUCUUGAUCUCGUUUACCCUUACGCUGGUCAUGUCCAUGUUCUUCCGAUCGAUCGCCUCCCUGUCCAAGUCCCUUGUCCAGGCUCUGGCACCCGCUGCUAUCCUCAUCUUGGGUCUUGUCAUCUACACUGGUUUCGCUAUCCCUCCCAACUACAUGCUGGGUUGGUCCAAGUGGAUCCGCUACAUCAACCCUGUUAGUUACGGAUUCGAGGCUCUCAUGGUCAACGAGUUUGUCGGCAGGCAGUUCGAGUGCAACAUCUUCGUCCCCACAGGUUUAGGCUACGAAAACGCAUCUGGGACUGAGCGCGCCUGCUCUGCAGUUGGUUCCGUCCCCGGUCAGCCUUUCGUUGAUGGUGGUAUCUACAUCAACUCUGCGUACGAGUAUCAGCGCUCGCACAAGUGGCGCAACUUCGGUAUCCUUUGGGUCUUCAUGUUCGGUCUCAUGAUGGUCUACCUUACUGCUACCGAGUUCAUUACCUCCGCUAAGUCCAAGGGUGAAGUCCUUGUCUUCCGUCGUGGUUACAAGGUCCCCAAGGCCAAGUCCACUGAUGAUCUCGAGAACAACCCCACUGGUCGUCCCGCCGGUUAUGCCGACAGCAAUGACAACAUCGCCAUCAUCGAGCGCCAGACUGCUAUCUUCCAGUGGAAGGACGUCUGUUAUGACAUCAAGAUCAAGGGUGAACCCCGCCGUAUUCUGGAUCACGUCGAUGGUUGGGUCAAGCCUGGUACUCUGACGGCCCUUAUGGGUGUGUCUGGUGCCGGUAAGACUACUCUUCUCGACGUCUUGGCUACGCGUACUACCAUGGGUGUUAUCACUGGUGAAAUGCUGGUCGACGGUACCCCCCGUGAUCAAUCCUUCCAGCGCAAGACCGGCUACGCUCAGCAACAGGACUUGCACUUGGCCACCUCGACCGUUCGUGAAGCUCUUACCUUCUCCGCCCUCCUCCGUCAGCCUGCCCACGUCUCUCGUCAAGAGAAGAUCGACUACGUCAGCGAAGUCAUCAAGCUCCUCGAUAUGGAUGAAUACGCUGAUGCCGUUGUUGGAGUUCCUGGUGAAGGUCUCAACGUCGAGCAGCGCAAGCGUCUUACCAUUGGUGUUGAGCUGGCUGCUAAGCCUGCCCUGCUUCUCUUCUUGGACGAGCCUACUUCCGGUCUCGACUCUCAAACCUCAUGGGCUAUUCUCGACCUCUUGGAUAAGUUGAAGAAGAAUGGCCAAGCCAUUCUCUGCACUAUCCACCAGCCGUCUGCCAUGUUGUUCCAACGUUUCGAUCGUCUUCUCUUCCUCGCCAAGGGUGGCCGCACUGUCUACUAUGGUGAUGUCGGCAACAACUCCAAGAUCCUUGUCGACUAUUUCGUCCGCAACGGUGGUCCUCAGUGUCCUGCUGAGGCCAACCCCGCUGAAUGGAUGCUUGAGGUCAUUGGCGCAGCUCCCGGAUCGCACACUGACAUCGACUGGCACCAGACAUGGCGCGACUCCCCCGAGUAUGCCGAGGUCCAGCGCCACCUCGAGGAGCUCAAGGUUGAACGCUCGCAGCAAAACCGUCUCGAGCGCACCAUAUCUGCUCAGAAGCGAGAGGACAAGGCCGCCUACCGCGAGUUUGCCGCUCCCUUCGGCGAGCAGUUCCGCGAGACCACCAAGCGUGUCUUCCAACAGUACUGGCGCAGCCCUGCUUACAUCUACUCCAAGACCCUCCUCUGUGUUACCUCGGCUCUCUUCAUUGGUUUCUCACUCUAUAAAAUGCCCAACACUCAGCAGGGUCUCCAGAACCAGAUGUUCGGUGUCUUCAUGUUGAUGACUAUCUUCGGUCAACUCGUCCAGCAAAUCAUGCCUCAUUUCGUCACCCAGCGUGCUUUGUACGAGGUCCGUGAGCGUCCCAGCAAGGCCUACUCCUGGAAGGCGUUCAUGCUUUCCAACAUCCUUGUUGAGCUUCCUUGGAACUCGCUCAUGGCUGUGCUCAUCUACUUCUGCUGGUCCUACCCCAUCGGCCUGUACCGUAACGCCGAGCCCACUGAUCAGGUCCACUACCGCGGCUUCCAACUCUUCCUCUUCACCUGGAUGUUCCUGUUGUUCACUUCGACCUUUACGCACAUGGUCAUUGCUGGCAUCGAGUCGGCUGAGACCGGUGGUAACCUUGCCAACUUGAUGUUCUCGCUCUGUUUGGUCUUUUGUGGUGUCCUCGCUACGCCUUCCUCUUUCCCUCGCUUCUGGAUCUUCAUGUACCGCCUCUCGCCAUUCACGUACAUGGUGUCUGGGUUACUGGCGACAGGUCUAGCGAGAAGUUCAGUACAAUGCGCUUCGAACGAGUUCGUCCACUUCGAUCCUCCUCAAGGUCAGACUUGCCAGUCUUACAUCCAAGCGUACGAGGACGUGCGCGGUGGCUACAUGAACAACCCCGAAGCGACCGAGAACUGCCAAUUCUGCGCCAUCAAGAGCACUGACGUCUUCCUCGCCCAGCUGUCUUCCAACUACGACGACGUCUGGCGCAAUUUCGGUAUCCUCUGGGCCUAUGUCAUCUUCAACAUCUUCGCCGCCCUCGCUCUUUACUGGCUCAUCCGCAUGCCCAAGACCAAGAAGGAGAAGGCCGACAAGACGGAGGUUGGUGCCCACAAGGGCGCCGCGCAGGAGCAGUUGUUCAACGAGCCCAGCCAUGUCGGCAGUCACGUUGACAAAGAGAAGGUUAGCAAUAACGCUACCUCCACGACUGUGGAGCGCGGCCCAUCGACUUCAGUGCCAGGUGUUCCCACAGAGAAGAUUUAAGACUGCCUCUGAUUCCUUUUAUACUUUUUUCAUGUUCUUAUGGCAUUAUAACAUGGCAGUCCAAUUGACUUGCGAUGCAUCAUACAUUUUCUUACUUUGAUCUUAGAGCUAGACAGAUCUUCCAUCGCUCAAGCGCUGAGCAUCUUUGCCCGCUGCAAAAGGCGGGGUUUCGAGUUGUAUGUUUUCUACCAGUCAUGUAGUUGGCUGUAUACCAAAUCAAGAAUUAGACUGUUCAUAAUAAUCAUCUCACUCC